AUGAGACUACAAUCUGCUGUGGCGGAUGAGACAAAGGACGUAAACGCAGCUGGCGAAAACUUGCCUGCUGCUUCUUCUGAUUCAGAUUCGCGUGUUGAUGCACUGCGUGUCCUCGGGGAUGACGACCUUGCGCUGAUACACUCUAGCGAGUCAAAUGGCUACACCGACUUCACGAAGGCUGCCACGACGACAGAGCCGAAAGCGGCGACAAAAGAGUCGAGCAAUUCGGUCUUGCGAAGCGCGAUGAGCCUACUGUGA